AUGCCGAGUCUCGCCCCAGAUACAGUGCCUCCGGACACCGACACGGCGGCGCUGGCCAGCUUCAAGGCCCUCUGCGCGGAACGAGGGCUGCUGGACCGGCCUCAGGGGCUACAAGCGGGGGAUGUCGAGGACGGUCUAACCGACGACCUGACCUUACUCCGCUUCCUGCAAGCCCGCAAGAACGACCCCACCACCGCCCUGCAACAAUACGAAUCCGCCUCGCGGUUCCACACCGACAAAACCAUCGUCGAAGUCUACGACACCAUCUCAAUCGACGACUACGAAGCCACACGCAAACUC